GUUGGAGCAGAGAGAGAGAGAGAGACAGAUAGAAACAGAACAUUGAGGAUGGAGGAUGUUGGUCAUGAACUCGCUCUCUUUUUCUUCUCUCUGAUGGAAGGAUUUUGGUUCUCGAGAAGAUAAUCAUCUUCAUCAGCAGCAUCCAGUGAUUCCACUCAGAAAGGCUUCUGGAAUCCGCGGAGGACCUGCGAAGACUAAGGAGAUACAUUGUGUGCACGAGUCGAUCGUGUGUGAAACUGAAACCUAAGGAGGGACAAACAGGAGACGGUUGAGUAGUUCAUUCAGCUAAGGAGGACCAAAAAGAAAAGAAAAACAAUGUUUAACUGAAGUGAAAUCGCAGGAAAAGCCACUCUUUGUGGUGGAAUUCCGAAACGGAUAUUUAUCUUCUGGAAUAAGUUUAAUACAUACACUUUACGCUUGGAAUACAGGAAGGUCAUGACCCAGAUGCCAUGCGGAUCACCACGGUGACCGGCCUUCCUAACCCCGCCCCCUUCUUUUUCCUAUUGGCCCAGCUGCUGUUUUGGCUCCUCCUCCUGGGCCAAGACUUUGCCGGAGCCACGUCGACCUGCCCGACACCUUGCAGCUGCUCCAAUCAGGCAAGCCGGGUCAUCUGUACGAGACGAAACCUGGACGAGGUUCCUGAAAAUAUAUCCAACAACACGCGAUACCUCAACUUACAGGAGAACUCGAUACAGGUGAUAAGAUCAGAUACCUUCAAGCAUUUGCGACACUUGGAGAUCCUCCAGCUUUCCAAGAACCAGAUUCGUCAAAUUGAAGUUGGUGCGUUCAAUGGCCUCCCAAACCUCAACACUUUGGAACUGUUUGACAACCGUCUCACGCUGGUGCCAUCACAAGCGUUCGAGUAUCUCAGCAAGCUUCGGGAGCUCUGGCUUCGAAACAACCCCAUCGAGACUUUGCCAGGCUAUGCCUUCCACCGCGUGCCCUCCCUUCGUCGUCUCGAUCUGGGUGAGCUCAAAAAGCUGGACUACAUUUCAGAUGCUGCCUUUGUCGGCCUUGUCAAUCUGCGCUACCUUAACCUGGGCAUGUGUGGUCUUAAGGACAUCCCCAACCUGACACCUCUGAUCCGGUUGGAGGAGCUGGAGCUGUCUGGAAAUAAGCUGGAAAUCAUAAGACCUGGAUCAUUCCAAGGCCUGGAGUCUUUGCGCAAACUGUGGCUUAUGCACUCCCAGAUGUCUGUCAUAGAACGCAAUGCAUUUGACGACCUCAAGAGUCUGGAGGAGUUGAAUCUUUCCCACAAUUCUCUGCAUUCGCUGCCCCAUGACCUCUUUACCCCACUGCAAAAGCUAGAGAGAGUACACCUCAACCACAAUCCUUGGGUGUGUAAUUGCGAUGUACUUUGGCUUAGCUGGUGGCUGAAAGAAACCGUACCAAGUAACACGACUUGCUGUGCUCGGUGCCAUGCACCACCCUACCUGAAGGGCAAGUACAUUGGAGAGCUGGACCAAAGCCACUUCACGUGCUACGCCCCUGUUAUCGUUGAGCCACCCACUGACCUCAACGUGACUGAAGGCAUGGCUGCAGAACUCAAGUGCCGUACUGGAACCUCCAUGACGUCUGUGAACUGGAUUACACCCAAUGGAACCCUGAUGACUCAUGGAUCAUACCGAGUCCGGAUCUCUGUGCUACACGAUGGAACUCUGAAUUUUACUAAUGUCACCUUGCGAGACACUGGUCAGUACACCUGCAUGGUGACCAACUCAGCUGGCAAUACCACAGCAACUGCUGUUUUGAAUGUCACUGCUGCAGACACCAGUGUCAAUUACACUUACUUUUCCACCGUCACUGUUGAAACUGUAGAAUCCACUGGAGAAGAGGACUCAGCCCUACGUUCCAUUAACGAGACUAUUAUUCACAUCCCUGGUCCUACACCUUCUGGACACCUCUGGCAUGAUGGCAUCCCAACAACAGCUUCCUCGCUAUCAGUUUUUGAAUCUUCAUCUUCUCCGCGAGCAACCAAACCUACGUUUACUGUUGCGGUCUCUGAGCCAAGCUACCCCACAGGUCUAGAUGAUGUAAUGAAGACUACCAAGAUCAUUAUUGGCUGCUUUGUCGCCAUCACCUUUAUGGCAGCUGUCAUGUUGGUGGUCUUCUACAAGCUGAGAAAGCAGCACCAGUUGCACAAGCACCACGGACCAGCAAGAGCCAUCGAAAUUAUCAACAUGGAGGACGAGAUCAACGCUAGUGCCAGCGUCCGUGGAAGCGGGAUCUCUGGUGGUUCCACCUUGCCCCAGGCCGGAUCCAGUGGAGGAGGCCAGAGCUUGCGGCUGCAUCACCCGGAGAUUGUCAACCUCCCCAACUUGGCUCGGUCGGACCACCUUAACCACUACUACAAGCCCCACCACUUCAACAACAACAUGAUGAGCUUGGGGCUCUCCGGAGGCUCUGGGAUUGGCCUCAACAACAACAACAACCCCUGUUCCCAAGCCCAACCCACACAAAUUUCCUGUUCCCAGGUUCCUGUCUCAGUGAGCUCCAUUCCAUCCUCAAUGCCUCUGCCUACCCUCGGCAUCCACGGAUCCCUGAAAGGCCUAAUGGGGAAGGGGCAGAACCCUCAAAUCGAGCCUUUACUCUUCAAGAGUGGCUCCAAAGAGAAUGUCCAAGAGACUCAGAUCUGAGAAAGAGAGAGAGGGUGAGAGAGAGAGAGAGAAAUGGGAGAGAGAGCGAUUAAACACGGGAGGGAAAAAUAGUAAGAUGCCAUGAGUGAGACAGAAACAGAUGAAGUGUACUGGCUGUUCAGCCCCUGUGGGUUUGUUGUUCUCAGGAGUAACGAGCGAGGUAGACCCAGCAUUGUAUGACAUAUUACCUACACAAGAAAAAGACGUUGCUGUAAACCACUACACCGCAAUGCUAGAGACAAAGCGAGCAAAGGGAGGGGAGGGGAGGAGAGGCAGGGAGGGGAGGAGGGUGAAAAAAAAGAAAGAAAGACAGAUGCCGCAGCAUUUAGAUUAACGCUUACCCAACCGACACUCAGUCCAAUUCGACGUGAAAACGAUACCAUCAGCAGAACAGAUGCACUCACGCGUCGAAUACGCGAUCAGCUAUUACGUGCCAAACUCGCACAGAUACGUGCCAAAGUGAAAUUUUUGUGCAUUUGCAUUAAAAAAAAUGCGUUUUUCCAAACGCUAUCUGGCUGAAAAGUGUAAAGAACAAUACGUCUGAAACAUCGGCAUGAAUAGCCUCAGCGGAGACGAGAAAACAACACCACACACACACACAGUAUGCAGUAAAUGAGAAGUUUAUAGAAAUCAGAGAGUAACAAGAGUUUUUUCUACACGUGUUUCAGACAUGCAGAUGUGUUCUAAACAUGUAUAUACAACACAAGCAGCCGAAAGCAUCGUUUUGAAAGUCAGCGUAGGGAAAAGACAACAGCAGGGAAAAGACAACCCCAGGCCCAAGAGGUUUGCAGUAGCAUUCAGGGUGGAUGGAACAGACAGACCAGCACUGUGUCGAGGGCUUGUGUUUUUUCUUUUUUUGUGUAUUUUUUUUUCUUUUCGAAGGUCUCCGCCAUAUUCUCGCUUUCUCUAUCCUCUAUCCUGCUUAACACCUCCAGUGGAAGGAAAAGAAAGAGAGAGCAUCCUUUGGUUUGGUUUUUUUUUUCUUCCUGAAUUAACCUAAAGGGCAAAAAGACAAAUACCGAAAAAUCUGGAAACAAAAAAAAAAAAAGAAAAGAAACUGUGAAACGACACAUGAUAUAUAAAUAUAUUUUCAUUCAGAGAAAUAAAUUAUGAAGAAUCUUGA